AUGGGUACACACAGAGUUCAAUGUGACACAUGGGAUGAGGUGAAGAUUAAACUUUGGGACAUUAUCCACCGCGAGUUGAAGUCAUUAGCUGCUUCGACUGGAACCCCACCAGUUUGGACUUUUGAUGAACAGGACCCAGCAAUCGAGAUGUUCGAGAAGUAUACUUCAAUGCGGAUGAACACCAAGAUGCUCGAUCCAUGGACAAGUGCAAAAGAUCGUCGAUACUUGAUGAAAAACCAACACGAAUCAGUCUUGCUUUCUGUCUACAAAUAUGGCAACGAAAUUGCGAUCAUUGGCCAGCUUAGGGACUUCGAAGACCAGUGCAUUGGUCCAGCCGCGGCCAAUCGUGGAGGUGCUGCGGCAGAAGAUCUCCACCAGCUCAUGAUCAGUUCACUGAAAGAGAAAUGGGGCCGUAGAUUUACUGCCCAAGAUAUGUCAUGGCGUCUGUGGGCUUCUCUCGUUCUCAAGAAACCAAGGCCUCAGCACGAGCGAGAAAUCGCCAAAGGUCCACCUCCAAACCUGGUGACUCAGUUCAGGCCUGCGUCAAACGCAAGUGACCAGCACUUACAGCGUGUGCAGCACAGUGUUAAGAUGGCAAAGAAGGCCGUACAAGGCAUGCAGGCAAAGAUCAAUCACUUCGAGCAGACCGUUCAAGUACUGCAAACCGCCAUCGUGUUCAUGAACCAAAUGCUAGAAAAUCAUUUGGAUGUGAUCGAGGCAAUGGGUGAGGAUGUGGAGAUACAACCGGAUAGUAUUGAGACAACGGCCGCAUUGGCCGACAUACCAAAUCAAGAGGACGUCGACCACAACUAA